AAACGGGGACGUGUAUGAUGAUGUUUGCCAUCCGUCGCAGUAAAACUAAACUGUGGAAAUGGUCAUUCUUGGUGCAAGGCCACUUUUCAUGUUCACAGCAAGCACGUGUUCAUCAAAUAAACAUGCUUUUCCAUUCUGACACCUGGUUUAUUGACUGCUUAGAUUCACUGGAAGUAAACGUGUGUUUUUGUUCCUAUUUAAAAGCAUGUAAAAUUUAUUUAUUUAUUGGUCAAGCUGCUCAUUUACAAAAACCAACCUUCUACAGUGGCAGUAAUGGUGGGAUCAGAAUAAUUAGAAGGGGGAAGAAAGCCUUUUAAAACCUCAAUUUAAGGCAAAGUCAGCAACUUUUAAGGUGAAGUUUCUGUCAAAUUUCCCCGGUGACUCUUUACAGUGCAGGCGAGCAUUUAAAUUAAGAUAAUGGUUCAAAAUAACUGUUUUUAAAUGGCUGCUGAGAAGCAAAACUUAACACCUUGGAGUAGGGACUAAACUUAGAGAGCCAAUAAAGGAGCACAUCUAGCUGUGAAAAUUAGAUGCUUAUCCAAUCACCACAGAUUUUAUGAGGUACACUUUGAACCCUAUUUUGCAUUCAGAACUGCUUUAAUGCUUCACAGUGUAGUUUUAACAAGGUGCUGGAAAUUCUCACCCUGGCAUUCAAAUGUCGCAGCAGAAAAGGAGACUCACCAGACCAAUACUUUUCAAAUCUUUCGUCCACUUUUGGCGGUGUGGUCUUUGCUCCUCCAGGCCAUCUGCUUAAAGGUUAAACGAGUUGUGCAUUCAGAGAUGCUCUUCUGCAUUCCCUGGUUGUAGUAAGUUGUUAUUGUGUGAAUGCCUCACAUUGCAUUUUUUGCAAUAUUUUGCCCAUUGAAAUGAAUGGAACACAUUUUCAAUGUGGUCACUUAUUUCUGCUCGCUGGGCUGAGCUGUGUUUUAGGUCAGUGAGAUGAGCAGCCGUUCUCAGACUGGGAGGCCAGGGUUCAAAUCCUGCUUAUGGUAACAUUUUUUUCAGUUAACAGUAAAACUUUGUUUUACUCUUUUCAACACAAUUUAUGUUCUUCACUCCUUUUUAGCAGAAUUUUCAGUUUUUUCACCCCUUUUCAGCACAAAUGUCAGCUUUUUUAGCUCUUUUAAGCAGAAAUCUCUUUUCAGCAGAAUUUUCAGCUUCUUUGCCUGUUUUCAGCGGAAUUUUCCGUUUUUUCAACUGUUCUCAGUUUUUAUUUCACGGAGACUCGUGGAAACCAGUAUGUAGGACAUUUCUGAACUUAAAAAAAAAAACAACAACUUUGUGUCAUUGGAAAUGUUCAUUUACUCAAGAAAAUGUAUAGUUAUUUUUAACUCUUUAACUAAAACUGUCAUGUUGUGUUAUGAAUAGCAUGUUGAAAAUGUCCCUUUUCCCCUUAUUUCCUAUCAGUUAGAUUAAAAGUGCGCCAGCCGGACACGCAAACAACUUUUGUUGUGUUGUGUCCAAACUGCAAUCCCAUCUCUGGGAUAAAGAUGUGAUGUGCAGCAGCUCCUCCCACGUUAAUUACAGCUGCCUCCCAGAAAAUUAGAAAUAUCUUUCAAAAACAUGUGAAUAAAGGUUGCGUGCUUAUGGCACGUGGCUCUGCUCGUUACUGAUUACCUGAUCAACAAGUAACGAAAGCAGAAAGUAACUCGGGGUCCUCACACUGGCUGUUUAAAAAGCUACUUUGAAUUCAAAGUGGGCAUUGUUAUUUUCACCCCAGUUGGAUGCUGCCAGGAAUCGGGACUGCGCAUGUGGCUGCCUGUGUGGUCUCGCGCUCGUUCACGGCCACAUAAACACCUGAUCUCUGCAGGGGGACAAAUCCAGUGAGAAUUUCCGCAGGAAACCGAUCCCCUCUCGUCGCAGACCCCCCUGCUGUAGAGAGCGAGGUUUCCUGCCGAGCAGGAUGGCGGAUGGAGACACGGUGGUGGAUCUGAGCGUGGGGGACAGCAGCCCGCUGCAGCUGAGGGACUACCGGAGACUGGCUCGGCUGUACUGCAUGAAUGGCGGACAUCACCUCCAGAUCCUCCCCGACGGGACUGUGCAGGGCCAGAGGGAAGAGAGUGACGCUCACACUGUUUUAAAGCUCAAAGCUGUGGACAGAGGCGUCGUGGUCAUCCAAGGAACGGAAGCCAGCAGAUAUUUAGCCAUGAGCGAUGAAGGCCGUUUGUACAGUUCACCCACAAUUACAGAUGAAUGUUACUUCCUGGAGAGGCUGGAGGAGAACCACUACAACACAUACCAGCCACAGAAAUAUCACGACAACAACUGGUACGUAGCUCUGAAAAAGAACGGAAAGCCUAAACUCGGCCCGAGAACCCACAUCGGACAGAAAGCCGUCUUCUUUCUCCCCAGGCAGCUGGAUGACUGAGGGAGCAAAACACACAGCGAUACCUCAACCGCAAAGGACCAGAAACACAUAACCUCUAAAUCAUCAAUAGGACUACUUACAGGAGAUGGUGGUGUGAAAUCAAGAGAUAAUAAAUCCAAAUAAAAGGGAAGUGCAAAGGCAGUCUGUUUAGUGCAUGGAGAGAUCAAAUGUCUCUUUAUUUUAAUAAUACGUCAAAUCUAUAGACACAACAAAUCUUUGAUUUUAUUUGGUAGCAGGUCCUCUUAGCUCACAGAACAGACAUGUAGAGCAAACAUGAACACAUUAACCUGCAGUUUAACAGGAAUUUGUGCUUCUUGGACUAAGGUUUUCUGGGAAGAGUAAACAAAUACAUUGCCACUAAUUAUGUACUGUACUUUAGCUUUUCUGUAAUCUGUUUUGUUCUUGAAACCUUGACUGGAUAGAAAGUGCUACAGAGCUUAAAUCCUAACAAAUUAACCAGUAAAGCUUUCCCAGAAGUGUUGCUGCUCUGUUAUACUUCCAACAGUUACACAUUGCUGCCACUAGAAGCCGCCACUGUGCACGAUUACAUCCUCUCCAAAUAAUUUUUAUUUGCAACACUUAAAUUUACCGGCCCCUUAUACACAUACACACUGACCUAUGAGUUCGCCCCUUUAAUCACACUUAUUAACAACUGUUUGUGCACUCACCUUUUUUCAUGGUUUGUCCAAUAAGGCUUCAUAACCUAAAACAAUCAUCAGUAUGCUCGUCUCUACACUUUGAAUAUCCUGCACUGUUUAUUUUACUAUGCACUUAAUGAGCCUUCAUUUCUGUUCUACUGAGCUCUUGGUUCUAUUUUGUUACGCUUUUUUAAAUAUUUGUUGUAUUUUAUUGAACUAUUUUAAUGUUACCAUAUUUAUAGUUCUUCAGUUGUACCCCAUUGUAAACCACUUCAUUUUGUUAGCGGUUUUCCUGUUACACAUUAAUGAAGCAUGCAGUGGAUAUAAAAAGCGUACACGCGCCUGUUAAAGUGCCUGCGGUAAUGACGUUACAAUAACGAGACCAAGAUAAUAAAACUUUUUCUACCUUUAAUGUGACCUUAAAACAAAACUUUUAGCGGAUCAAAUUAAAAACAUAAAACAUUGUGGUUGCACAUGCUCCUAUAAAUGGGAAGCUUACACUUUUUCUAUCCACUGCAUUUAUGUAUUCUGAGUAGGUGAUGCAUCAGUAACAACCCAGGAAGCUCAGCAGGUGCAUUUAAAGUGACAUUUAUUUAACACUAAACAGUUUCUGUACAGUUUGAUAACAACAAAAACCCCAGGCUGCAGCUCUACAUCAUAUAGAAAGAAGCAUAACUGGUCUGUAAAUGAAAGCCAUGGCAUAUGAAAUAUGAACUGUUGAUUCAAGCGUCAUUAUAAAACAACAUCCUGCACCA